AUGUCUGUCAAGCAGCUGCUUAAGCUGGCGAAAGCUGCCAUUGAAAGAAAUGAUCCAGAAGAUGCACUCUACUACGCUAAUGAGGCCCUCAAGGAGGACAAAACUAAUUACUUUGCAUACAUUUUCAAGGGAAAAUCUUACCAGCUAACAGACGAGUAUGACAAGGCUAAGAAGGCGUUCGAAAGAGCUAUAGACUUAGAGCCCGACCAGCUUCUAGGAUGGAAGGGGUACUUCCAAAUUGCUCGUUCUCAGAAUGAUUACGACCAAUUCUUCGAUAUCUUCACCAAGUACGUGCAAAAGUUAGUAGAUCAAGACGUGGGUACUGGAGACGCCGUGAAGGAUCUUUACAACUACUUGCAUGCCCAUAAAUAUCACGAAAACACCGAAUUGCAUGAGAAGUUCCUUCGCUCGAUACUUCCAGGUGAGCCCUUACGUGAACUUCUUGGAGACGCCGUUGGCAAGGAGGAUGAGACCAUCAAGAGGCUUAUCACCGUGGUAAAGAAUAGGCAAGAUGAGCAAUGCAGAACGCUAUUAGCAAAGGAGAAAAUGCGGAUGCCCAGAGCUCUCACGACGCAGCAUAAAGCACAACUCCAUGCUCUUGAAUGGAAAAUCCGUCUGGGCUCAGACCUUGCAUCGCUUUACAAGAUGAUUCUAGAUGUAAGUGAUGAUGAUGAUCUUAGAAGAGCGUACGAGGCAGACCUUCUCAAGUAUCAGUACAAUAUGCUUAAGCUAUCUCCGUCGAAGACGCAGCUUAUUGAUGAAAUAAAGCAGUUAUGCAGCGAUAUGGUUCUUAUCGGAACUAAGGAUCUCUUUGCUUGGACUUUGCACUUCGAUCUUCAAGAUCCAAAAAACUUGGCAGACCUUGACGAAAGAGAAGUUCUUCAGUUUGUGAAGGAGUUCAGAAAUGAAGGUCUUGGUGUGUUCAUGUAUGCGUUCUUGUUGAGUGACCUUGGCCCGUUUGAUAAAAAUAAAGUACAGAAAGAAUUGGGACUCAUGGACCUCUCCAAGGAUCUGCAAGCCAAUGGUGGUGAUCAAGAUAUUGAUGGGGCACCAAGGGAUGAAACCCCGGAGCCUUCUCCAGUGAUUUCUCCGAGCGAGAUACUCGAAAUGAUGCUUGAGGGGUAUUCAAGGGCUACGAAUUCCAUGAUGGCACAUCGUAUAAUAUGUUGUUACUUCAUCAACCUACAGGAAUAUGAGGCUGGCUCUGGCAAAUGCACUGCUGCCAUUCGCCAUCUUGCUGAACUACAGAGGUCAUACGGGCUUGAUCUCCCCAAUUGUAAGAGAGACAUUUUGUGCCUGCUUGCCACGAUCUACACUUACCACGAAGCUCCAAAGAAUUUUGUUAGAGCUUUAGAGCUUUACAACAAGAUUCUCGAAAGUGAUCCCGAGAACACACAGGCAAUGAUCGGCAAGGGGCUUAUUUUACUAGAAAAAAUGGAGCUCGAACAUGCUAGAGAGGCUCUCUCAAAAGUCAUUGAGAAGUUCCCAAAUGACACAACCGCACUUAGUGAAUUCGGUUGGUGUCUUGUCUUGCAAAAGGAUUAUGAAAAGGGAAGAAUGCAUCUUCAAAAAGCUCUCGUGGGAUUAAAAGAUGCUUCUUUAAAGACAUUAGAAGCGAAUGCUGCAAUCAAGUGGCGUCUUGCGAAGAGUUAUAUUUGGGAAGAUGAGUCCAACACAACGAAUGUUCAGACUGCCUAUGAUCUACUCAUUAGCUCGUUGAAGGAUUCCAACACAUACGCCCCUUCGUUUACCUUGUUAGGUGUGUUGUAUCAUGACCACUUAAACGAGAAGCGCAGGGCACAGAAGUGUUUCUACAAGGCUUUUGAACUUGAUGUUGGUGAAAUCACUGCAGCCAAAUAUCUUGUUACAGAACUCACCGAAAAGAAUGAGUGGGAGGUUAGUGACAUAUUGUGUAAAAGGGUGGUCACUUCUGACAAGAGUCGUCGGAUUUUAUUUAGUCAGCUCAACGACGAUCCCGAUAGAUCCUGGCCGUACAGAGCUUUGGGAUGCUCUGCGCUCAACAGACAAGACGAUGCAAAAGCCAUUGAGUGGUUUCAAACGGCACUUCGUAUGAAAGCUAUGGACGUUCAGUGCUGGAUUGGUCUUGGGGAAGCUUACUACAAUUGCGGACGAAUUGAUGCCGCUAUAAAGGUAUUUAAGCGUACCAGCAAGAUGGACCCAAGCUCAUGGACGCUCAAGUACAUGUUAGGUGUAGCGACAUGCGAGAUUGGUGAUUACAAGGAGGGCCUUGCCAUUCUCGAUGAAGCUCUCACCGAUCGCCCAGAUGAGGAGUUUUUAUUGAAUGCCGUCUAUGAACAGUCUAUCGGUUAUAGUGCGCAGUUGUUACUUGGUGGAUUUACAGGUAGAACCUUGAAGGUGAUAAACGUUGCACUCAACACAAUCGCAAGAGCAGUGAAAGUGGAGAGGGCGUCUCAAAAUCUAUGGAGGGCCCUUGGUCAGUGUCUCAAGCUAAGACUAACUGUUCAGCUUGGAGUUGAAAGCUUUCCUUUUGAUACAGUUGUCGAGGUAUUAGAGCAUGCAAGGCUCCCAAAUGAUGAAUUCGUAUCCGUUAAAAAAGCCCAAGUUCUCAUAAGCAGCUCAAAGUUUAUUGAGGCAAUAGCUAUGCUCAAUGUGCUAGCCGCCAAGAGUGCCGUGGCAUUGCUCCCAGCUAAGGCCAUUAGAUUUCAGCGAUCUGUGGCUUUUUACAACUUGGGUCUAGCUUUCUUAUAUGCAUUUAACUGUUCCAACGAACGUGACUUUCAAUACAGAGAUGAAGCUAUUGCUGCUUUAAAACAGGCAAUCAAGCUUGAGAAUAACAAUUCGCAGUACUGGCUUGCCUUGGGUAAUGGAUUCGUCUCAAAAAAUCCCGAGAUUGCACAGCACUGUUUUAUCAAGGCAUCUGUUCUCGACACAAAAGAUGCUCAAGUGUGGACCAACUUGGCUGCAUUGUAUUUACGCUACGGGGAAUCGGAUCUCGCUCAAGAAGCUUUCGACAGGGCCACUUCAGUUGCUCCUGAGCGGGCUCAAUCAUGGUUAGGAAAUGCUUUGACAGCAGAUGCCCGUGACGACAGAAAUACCGCCUCGAAGUUAUUCACACAUGCCUACAUCAUUUCUAUGGGAAGGCUGCCUUUAGCACAGCUCUGCUACGCCACGUCCAUUGUGAACAGCAGAAUCGGAAAUGCCAAGGAUUCGAGAGACGUGGAGACUGCUCAGGAAUUCAGUAUCGCUAAUUUUGCUAUUCAGUCUUACCUCAAAUUCAGCCCAAACGAUGAAGUAGGUUUGAGACUCGCCAUCUUGCUCAGCGAGCGUUGUCACACAUAUCAAUUGGCGAUUGAAGCCGGUCAAAGACUCUGCCAGAUUUUGGAAAGAAGAUACGAGGAGACAGAGUGUGAGUCUGUACUUGUAGGGUACGCGCAAGCGAAGGCUGAGUUGGCAAGAGUAUUUUUGGGAUUGGCUCGUUACGAGGAGGCUAUCGACAACGCACAGGUCGCUUUAGAUGUGUUGGCUGAGGAAGAUGAGACUGAGGAGAUCAAGAAAGUCAAGUUGUCUUCCAGAGUUGUUAUCGGAUUAUCCUUCUUUUUCAAUGAGCAAUUUGACGAUGCGAUCGAGGAGCUCAAAGUCAUUCUCAGCACGCAUGGCCGAUCGCAGAGAAUAGUGACGUUGAUCGCUCAGGUUCUCAAUGCUUAUGGCACUAAUGAAACUAAGCAGGCGGCUUUGGAUCAGCUUUUUGCAUUUAUUGAAGAGCAUGGCUCGUCACUUCUAGUGGUGCUCACUUUGGGUGCGAUCUCCGUGGUGGACAAGCUCGAGGACUAUUAUGAGCCCAUCAAGGAAGAGUUAUUGAGUUUGUCGCUUAAAGAGCUCAUUGCUGAUUCGUUCCGGAUGGUUCCGCAGCUUUUGUCUGAGAUCGAGGAUGCAUCCAAGAAAAGAGGCGUUUGGCAGAAGUUUGCCAUGCUAUUCCCUAGUGAUUUUAAUGUGUGGAAGAACUUGAACAGCAAAAUGGCGCUAGACACUGCGCUAUUGCCUACAUCGAAGAGACCUGCUUACGACUUGGCAAAUGCCUAUGUUGAGAGAGGAAGUCGUAGAGAGGUGCAAAGGGCUUUGCUUAUCUGCGCCAAUCUCGACCGAGCACGCGAGGCGCUUGCUUAA